UAGGUCCCACCGCAAAAGUCCCGACUUUCCAUAUGCCGACCCGAUACAUGGGAAAUAUCUUGCGUUGCCACGCCGGCCGCUGAGGCUUUUUUCAUCACCGUCGCUGAAAACAGCAGUUCUUCGCGCCCAGAAAUGUCCGGACAGCGAGCUACUGUCUUACUUCUGGUCUUUGCAAUUUUCGGCGGGAUUCCAAAUAGCGUUCGAGCGCAGGGGGACGAGGAGGCCGCAAAUGGCAGAGAAGAGGAGUCGGCAGCAACACAGCCUGACGUCAAACUCACCGCUUUGUUCCGGGGUUAUGAUCCGCUUAUUCGCCCCAACUUCCAUGGCAAACCUGUUGCCGUACAGAUGAGCAUGACGAUCGCCAGCAUUGAUCAAGUGUCGGAGGUAGACAUGGACUACACCGUGACAGUUUUGAUGCGCCAGUAUUGGAAUGACCCACGUCUAAAGUUCCCCGGGAACAGGAGCAUGAGUCUCGAUCCCAGGCUGGCGAAGAAGCUGUGGGUGCCUGACACGUUCCUGGAGAACUCCAAGUCUUCGUACCUGCACACCGUCACUGUGGACAACGCGCUCAUCCGGCUCUUCCCGGACGGGUCCAUCCUAUACGGGAUGAGAAUAACGGCCAAAAUGGAGUGUGAGAUGGAUCUGAGGAAGUAUCCAAUGGACGAACAAAGCUGCCCCUUCAUUUUGGAGAGCUAUGGCUACACCACGGAGGAUAUGACGUAUGAAUGGAGGGAUGGAGAGAAAUCUAUUUCCGGGUUAAAGGACAUCCGCUUGUCUCAGUUCACCAUCUAUGACUACAAAGCCUUGCAGGGAUACGGGGACUACGAAACCGGCCGCUAUCCACAGCUUGCUCUCCACAUCCAUAUGCAACGCAAUGUGGUGUUCUUCAUGCUACAAACCUACCUGCCGUGUAUACUGAUUGUCAUUCUGUCUUGGGUGUCCUUCUUCAUUGAUAAGGACUCGACGCCGGCUAGAGUCGCUCUAGGCGUCACCACUGUCCUUACUAUGACAACGCUGGUCUCGGGAACGAGAGCUCAACUGCCGAAGAUCUCGUACAUCAAGGCCAUUGAUGUGUACCUGGUAGUCUGCUUUGUGUUUGUGUUCGCCGCUCUGCUGGAGUACGCAGCCGUCAACUACCAGUCCAGAUACUACAAGACGCCAAGGAAGUCAAGAAAGUCCAAGAAAACGGAAAUUGAGGAAUUUCAGCUCGAAGAGAAGAAGGCUCCCCUGGCUGUCCCAGAGAAUGAUGGAAGUUCGGCCCCUGCGGCAAGAAAUGGAACCACUAGGAGGCGCUUUCCGAGCCCAAAGGUUCUGACCAGCUUCAGAGGUGGACGUAAGAUAAUAGAAGACGUGAACGACAUCGACAAGUUUUCCCGCGUGCUGUUCCCAUGUACAUUCGCCGUGUUCAAUGCCAUAUACUGGAUUACCUACGCUGUAUAGAGAUGAAACUCAGGCCUGUGUUCUCAUUUACUUGACGGAAUGUGUAUGCCGUUGUCAGUGUAUGGUGUAGUCCUUAGAGCUGUGAUCAGAACUUGUACAAGUUGCAAUUGUCCUUUCACUAAAGAGCUGUCUGCAUGAACAGAUGUAACAUUCAGUGCCCGUCAUGACAAUAGUAUUAACUAGUACUAGCGUAGGUUUUAUUAUUUAUUUAUUUAAAUAACUAAAAUAUAUAUUGUGUCAUGUUGUGAAACGUCAGAAUGGUAGGCGUCAAAUGAAGUCUAUUCUCAAGUUUUUCUUUUCACCGUGAGGCGUGAAAAGAUGGUUGUGAUGUGACGGACCAAUUCAGCCUAAACAUCGAUCUCCUGAUCAACAGGAAAACCAAGACAUGUAACAUCAUUUUAACUGUCGACAUGGACUAAUGGAGAACGGUCGUGUGGGGAGGGGGUCGCAUAGAAGAAAACAGGAUAGUGACUGACAACAGUAGCAAUAGAUUUGCCUAUAGAUUCGGAAGUUCACAGAAAUCCUGAUCACAUUGUGGUACAGGACGACGUUUUCAUUCAUGAAUCCACCGAUAUAGCCUCGCAACACUCACCCUAUGCGGUCAUUUGUAGUCCGGCACAUGUAAAUGUGUCAGCUGAGUACAGAUGACGGAACUUAACGGAUACCUAUUGUAUGAGUAGUUGCAGGAUUGAAAUCCCCGUUUUGAUUCUACCCAUUUCGAUAUAAUUCAUUCUAGUGACAAAGAUGAUAGUAAAUGGAAUUGGACGACAGUCACUUGUAGGCAACACCGUUGGUAAAGCUACUUGGAAGACAUCAAUCAUUUCAACGACUCGAGCUCGGAAACAAAAGUUCUUUGUAUGAUAAAAGUAACAUUCCCACUUAUUUGUUGCUCAUUUGUUGAGAGGUCGUGGCCACUUUUAGCUAAAUACAAGAUAUGUUACGAAUAAAGACCAUUUAUACAAUA